GGCCGUCAGUUCGCGUCGAAGCGUUGAGCGUGGUGGACGUACGUCGCUUCGCCGGCACACGUGACAACUUUCGUAAAAAAACGUUGUAAAAAUACUUUUUUUUUGAAAGUACCGCGGGGUUUGCGCGAGUGUCAAAACGGUUUCUGUGUUCAGUGAAUUGAAUAUUUGUGAGAAAAUAAUUUUGUUUUGUGUGCAUAUUUUGGAAUGUUGCAAAUAUCGCAGGUAGCCGCGCUGUUGUGAGCGCGAAGUGAACGGAUUUAUUUACGAUUAAAGUGAACGCAGUGUCCAGUGGUGCAAAGUUCUAGUUCAGAAUAAAUAUUAAUUGCCAGUGUGAAAAAUGUGUUAGUUCAUCAUGUCGCAACGGUGGCGCUGCGGUCGCAUCACGUGACGUUUACAAUCCAAGAUGGCGGACUCGAGUCCCGCCAAUUCUAUCAUCGAGGGUACUGUGAAGUUUCGCGAUGGAAAAAAGUGGAAAUCGCGAUGGUGCGUCAUGCGGAAAUUGUCUCCAGUUGCAGAUUGCGUCCACCUGCAACUAUACAAGGACUUGAAGGAGCGACAGAAGAACGGGCAGACGAAAGCCUCCCUGUCGCUGCAGCAGUACCUGGGCAUCGAGUCCGGGUUCACCUUGGACAAGGAGUCCAAUACCCUGGCCAUACUGUGCGAGGAUGUGGUGCCAGUCCUCGCUUUUGAUACCAGGGAGAUUUUGAUACAGUGGAGAGUUAAAGUCCAACACAACCUCGGAGGCAGCAAGGAGUUUGCAGCAGUCAUCAUAUCAUCCCCCACUGCUGCCAACAUAAGGGCAGGUCCCGUCAGAUUACACGCGUGUGGACCGAGACUGGCUCUGUGCGCUUCCAGACCACCUGAGGUCCUGGCUCUAUGGGACGUCAAGCUACUCAGACGCUACGGGGUGGUUGACAAGAGAUUCUGCGUGGAAGGAGGCUCCCGUUGUGGGAAGGGCGAGGGCCUGUUCAUCUUCGCGGCUGAAGGAGGCAGGGAGCUGACCGAACUCCUCAACGUAUACAGUCAUGAGGCUCAGUCCAGGCUUAGCAUAGCGUCCAGGAGCGGUUCAGUGCUAGAAAAACGUUUCUCAGACGCCAGUUCCUGCAUGGACGAGUGCUUCCACACGUCUUUAAGGUCCGUGUCUCCAUCCUGGGCAGGCCCUGCAAGUCAGACCAUGCACUGUCUCUCAGACCUGGACUCCAGCCUUGAUGGCGAGGAGAAGUUUAGGAGACCAACCUCAUUGCCGCGGUGUUCCAGUUGCAUUGGAAAGAUCAGUCAUUUGACUAGAUCGUCAACAAUGAACACGCCUGGUUCAAUCAUGUCCCCAGUUUGGACAAUGGACAAUAUUCUGGAGAAGCGCUCCGAUUCUGACAGAGCCUCCAUAUACUCCCGUUCAAGUGGCAGUGCCUCAGAGUACAGUGUACCUCGCAGUGCCUGCCUCCUGGACAAGAGCUUUGAGUCCAAACGAGCGAGUCCAGUGGCUUGCUGCACCCCCACUGUCCCGGCGAAGACCGGCGGCAGUUGCCAAUGCUGGCAGCAGGUCAAACCAUGCUGCUGUAGAAAGAAAUCCUUCAGUGGACCCUACGAGAACUACGAUGUGCCCAAAACACCAAUGCCCUUAAUACAGGAGCACCCAGUAGACUCUCACACGGACCCCUCCAGCAUAUACGACACACCAAAGAAACUGAAAUGUCUGCUCAACGGGCAGCCGUGCACGUGCACACACGAAGCCAAAAACGUAGAGAACCAACAAACAGAUAACAACAACACAAGUGAUACUAGCAUUAACAAUAACGAAGCUGAGACACAUUCCAACUACGUCAACGUCACCCCACAGCCCACUGCCACCAAGAAACCAGUACCAGAAAUAGAUUUCGCCAACUACGCUAACAUAGACCUCUCGACACUUGAAAAGUUCGAGAAUUCCCUACAAAUCCUAAGAAGCGCUGGAUUCAGUCAGGAGGAAUUAGACGCUUUGGAAGACAUACCCGAACAUGAGGACGAUAUAUCAACCGCCACAACGAAUACUGUGCACCCCUCCACAGAUUGCUGCAAUGAGCAUUUAAAUUACAUGCACAUGGAGCCAUUAGAGAUCAGUAUUUCAAGUAGCAAGCAGAAUUUUUCAGACAACGUAAGUCGGAUCAGUCAUAUGUCCGACCCCACACAGCAUUCUGAGUCAGACAACACGAACAGUACGCGACGGUCCAGCUCCGCGGACUUCACGAAGAGACAUUAUGACGAUUAUGGAAUGAACAAUCGGAUAUGUUUCACGCCAACCGUUUUAAGGAAAGCGACGAAAACCGAUCGCAUCAACGAAGGCAUGCAAAUAAGUUUAGAAAUCAUCGAACCGAAAGAUAAAUUCAAAGUGCCCGAGUUAAAAACCGAGAAUGCUCUGGUGACAAAGUUUCGAGACGCCGUCAAAAUUCGUCGUUCUUCAAGCGUUCCCAGUAAAUCCGAUAAGAAUAGGGACUCGUCGAGUUCAAACGAUUCUGGGGUUUCAACAGGGUCUUUGAAGCAUCAUAAGGGAGAUUUUAACGAGUUUGAAAUGCCAAUAACGAGUUCGAAGUCAAUAAAAAAGCAUGUGAAGAAUAGUAAGCAGAUGAGGAAGGCUCUGACUCCAGUGCAUGCGUUCGUCAAGUCUAACUCUUCGGAUCCGUUGAAGAACUUGACGUUUCAGUUUGAGGAGGUGGCGACGUUGACGAAAUCUAAUUCUUGUGAUGUGGACACGCUGACGAGACGGAAGAAGAGACCUGAAACGGAUGUCACAGCCCGCCACAGUCAGAUGACGACGAAAUCCACAUCCAGCGGUGCGUCCGAUACCUCGGACUACAUGGAAUCCCUCUCAGUCUCGUCCUUCAGUUCGUGUGACGUCUCGGCCGACAGGCACGUCACCAGGCCGAGAUCGGGCAAGGAGUACGCGAGCAUCGACAGGACAGCCCUAGUCUAGUUGGAACCAAUAUUUGUGUUAGUGUUGAAACAUGGUGGAAACUAUUUCGUACGUUAUAUUAAUAUAUAUGAAUUUUCCCAAUAAUAAAAAGCAAGCCCUAUCUUUAGGUUACACACCCUUACAAAAAUAAUGUAAUUUCACGAAAAAAUUCUCCGCCAAAGAGAUCAUAAAAACAUCGUGUCGCUAAUGACGUUGGUUCAUGUCACGAAAGAUUUAUGGGCCAAACAUUUGCCAAACAUUCAUCCAAAUUAUUAGUUUGAACAACGUUUGCCUACCGUAGCCUGUGACGCAGGACAAGCCAACCAAGGUCAUGUUUACCUAAUACUAUGCCCUCUACUUAGGGGUAAAUGACACGAUCAACAUUAAUAUCAAUAACUAUUUUAAAAGCCUACUUAUCUCUUGAUAAUGUACACAUCUAGCCUACAAUAUGGCUAUAAAAAUAUGUAUAUCCUACCAAAAAGGUAACCCAAAACUGUUAAAUCUUCAUUUAAAAGACAUCACUUUCAUUUAAUACAAAACAUUUUUUAUUAAUCAUUUAAAAUGAAUACUUAAAAUGAAACUUGUAAAUAUAAUGUACAUAUAUAAGUACAUACAGUUCAUACGUUUGUUCCUAUGUACAUAGUAAUAAGAUAUGUAAAAGCAGUUGGACGAAUUUAGUUCUUUAGUAGCGUGCCAAAAAUAAUGUAGCUUGCUAUUAAACUGGUUUUGGGUAUUGUAAAAUAUUAAAUGUAACUUCAUUUCAAAUAAAGAAUGUUUCAAAUAAAAUUGUACGUCGAUUAAAAACUAUUAUUUAGAAUUCUGUGUAUCAUUUAAAAUGUAGCCCUGUAUAUUUUAAAUGUAAGUUUUAAAUGUAGUUUGUAAACAUCAUUUAUUGUGUUAGGUACUUAAAUUAUUUGUGCCUUUACUUAAACAUGUGUUGCUAAAAUAUUGUCUUUCAUUUAUUUUGUUACCUUCAAUUUAAUUACUUUAAAUGUAACUUUGAUAAGUAGUUUUAUAAAAGCGGUAUAAAAAUGUGAAUAUUCCUAUAAAUAAGAGUUGGUUAAAGUCGCCUAUAUGCAAUUAUAAGCAAUAGAAAAAGUUACGAUAAAUAAACAAUUUGAAAUUAAUUACGAAGUGUAUAAAUGUUGCUGGGAACGAAUCACAGAUGGCGUUAAUUGUAUUUUUAUUAAGAUGAAUAUUGACGUGACAUGGUCUUUUUAAUAAAAAUAAAUUAUAGUUAAUGCAUAAUGCAUUUAAAACGCUACUUGUAAUUAAUUUUAAAUACAAAUACAUUAUGAAUAAAAUAAACAAUAUUUAAAUGAAACAUUUUCAAGUAAGUACUUGUAGGAUUUUUAUAUAAAAAACUGAAUUCAUUCAAACAGUCCUACCAACAUUAAUAUAUUCUUUUGAAACAAAUAACUAUGUUUUUUUUUUAUUUCACAAAAAAGUCGAUCAUUUUCCAGAAUUCAUUUAGUACAUUCCUUUGUCAUUUCUACUAUUAACAGUUGUCUUAUAGUACUUUAUAAAUACUAAAUGAUAAAAUAAUUAAAAUGAAAAAAUCGAUCAAAUCUACUCUGUAACAAGUAAUCACCACUCGAUUUUACAAAAGAACCAAAAAUCUGUUUAUCAUUUUUAGUUAUUGCAAUAUUGAAAAUAAAAAUCUCGAUCAAGUCUAUAGUUCAAAAUUCAAACAAAUUUUACGACGAUAUAUUAUGUACUUAUUUAAUUUAACUAACGUAUAUUUAAAUAGACCAAAAAAUUAUGUUAGUAUUUAAUACUAUUUUUCAUUUACUUAUUUGAUAUUUUUAUCAAAAAAUAUUCAUUUUAUCUUUUAAUCAAAAACUCCGAACUGUCCUUGGUACAAAUCUAUCAAAAUUUUUACAACAUUAAAUACCACGGUAAUAAAUCUGUUGGUCUAUGUCAAACUGCAUGUCUCUUAAAAAGGAAUAGCCGAUACAUUACUUCUCUAGUCAACAGUUCGUGGUGAUCACAAUAAGAACAUUGAUUUUUAAAUAAAACGUGGCUAAAAAUAAUUUUCGGGUUACCCCUAGGUACAUUCGUAAUGACAUAGGUAUACAUACAUAGCCCAUCAUAAUUAUUUGCAUGAAAGCAACUACACUGAAAUUGGUCACUACAAAGUUCUAGGAUUCCCGACUAGGGUGGAAUUAAUUAAUAGAUGUCUUAGCGAACAUUGAAAGUCAUCAAACCCACAUUUUCCUACCAAUAUUAUAUUAUGAAAUGUAUAUUUUUUUGUUACUCCAUCACGUCAAAAUGGCUGAAAGGAUCGGGAUGGAGUUUGCAACAGGGGUAGAUUAUGGUUUGGAAUUACACAUAGGCUUUUUUAAAGUUGGUUUAUUUUAAUAAAGUGUGGAUAUCAUCCCCACUUAAUUGAUCCAUAGAGCGUCAACUGUGGCGUCAACCACCAUCAAACAAUUAAAAAAAACAUAGCUGAUUGUACAUACACAAACCCAUUCAAUAUUAUAUUCUGGUCACCACAUUAUAAGGUUUAUUUUAGCACGAAACGGAAUGUUGAAAGCACAAUAUACAUAGAUAUACAUAAAUCAUAAGUACUACUACAUAAUAUACAUAACAUAGUUAAUUUUGUGUAAAAAUAUAUUUUCUUAAGAAGGUUUUUAUGUUGCCGACUGUAUUACGAUUUUAAAAGGUUUUGUAAUAAUACAUAGCAACUGAAAAUAUAUAAAAUAUAGUGCAUUUUGAAUGAUAA